AUGGGCUAUGUAAAUGGGCUUAUAAUGGGCCUUUUGUUCAGCUGCUUCUCUCUUCGGCGAGGGUUUUGUUAGGGUUGUGCCUCCUUAAUUGAAAAGCAUACGGGUGGAGGAUCCCAAAUCAACAAAUCGUCCGGCAAAAACCUCGGCUGAAUUGAUGGUUUCGCUAAUGAGGAUGCCUAGUAAGAACUCGACCUUGCUCGAUGAGGAUGUGAUGGAAGAUGAUGAAAUAGAGGGGGAAGCUUAUGAAUCCGAUACUGAAUCUGAAGAGGAGGAUGAGGAAGAAGAAGGAGAUGUGAAGUUGAUGGAACCUAAGAAGGACUCUGUGUACGAUAGGGAUGGUCUUGGAGAUAAACUUCAAGAUAUUAGAUGGCCAGAAAAUGCGGGAUGGAUACACAAGCUUUCGAUUGACGUUAAUCAAGAGCAGGAGGUUGAUGUCAAUGAUGACUUGCACCGAGAGGCUGCUUUCUAUAGACAGGCUUUGGAAGGAACAAGGCAGGCCUUUGAGAAGCUUCAGUCAAUGAAGCUUCCUUUCCUCAGGCCUCCUGACUAUUAUGCUGAGAUGGUGAAAUCAGAUGCUCACAUGGAGAAAGUAAGGGGUAGGUUUUUGGCAGAGAAGAGAAGUAGGGAGGAGGCUGAUGAGAGAAGGAAGGCUAGGGAGGCCAAGAAACUGGCAAAAGAGGUUCAAGCCCAGAAGCUGAAAGAGAGAGCCAAACAGAAAAAAGAGGAGAUAGAGAGUGUCAAGAAGUGGAGGAAGCAGAGGCAGCAGAGUGGGUUUGCUGGGGGCGAUAAAGGCAGUGAGAUGGAUUUUGCCUUUGAAGAUGGGAAAUCAUUUGAGAGGUCUAAUAAAAAGAGGCCAGGGGCAGCUCCUGGCGAUCGUUCCGGAGGGAAGGCUAGACAAGGUGGAAAAGGAAAGAAAGGUUUGGAGAAUAAACAAAAGAACAGGGAAUUCAAGAACUCAAAGUUUGGACAUGGUGGGAGGAAGGGCUUAAGAAAGCAGAACACAGCUGAAACCACAGAUCAUUUUAAAGCUUUUAAUAAGGGUGGAGGCCCUGGAAACAAUAAGAGGAAGAGGUGAUGCAUCGAUAACCAACCUGUGUAUUGCUGCUAGAUGCGUUAGCAUGGACUGUGUUGAUUUGAGUUUUGCUCGUGUUUGUGUUGAUUUGAUUUGAGUGCGGCGUUUUACUCUUGAAUCAACAAUUUUGUUUGGAACGGAUUUCCAUAUCUAUAUUCAGUUUUUGAUGAUUUAGUCCAUGUAACUUUGAUGUCUUUGUACUCUGGAAGUAGUAUUAGUUUGUUAUGUUAUUUUGGGUGAUUAAUCAUUCCGUUCUGAGUCAUACACUCA